CUGCUUUUUUAGUGCGAACAUAGCGACAAUCAAAUAAUGAACCAAAGUUUUUAAUAUCUUUAUAUUGUUUUGAUGUUUGAUAUUUUGUCUUCAUUCAUAUAGUUAAGUCGGUCCGGUUUCUUUCAUCUUUAGUCGUUAUGUGUAGCUUUUGGUUCUUGUUUGUUUCUGGGAAAAAAAGUGGUAUUAAAUUCGCUGAAGCUGAGCUUAAAGACAGUUCGAAGUAUGAAGUUAGGGCUGUUGUUUAACCAAAAUUAGUUUUUGUUGUGAAGGGCGUGUGAGUUUGGGCGCCAUUUUGCGGGAAAAAAAAGGGUCAAUUGGAUCAUGUUGUGAAGGAUCUUACAAUUGCUUGAGGAAAGCACAAUGCUCAAGCACGACAGAGAUUUGCUCCCACUGUGCCACAUUAGAUGAAAGUUUUCAAAAUUUAUCCGUUUCACUUCCCAUAUUGCCCCAUCUCUAUGGAUGCUGAAAUGCAUGAAGAAUAAUAAACAGUUAUGAGCUCUGCAUCAACUCAACUUAUCACUUCAAGAAAGAUGGGCAUAUAUGAUCCAUUCCAACAGGUCAGCAUGUGGGAAGAUCCCUUCAAAGGCGAUAUUAGCCCAAAUACAGGUGCCUCCACGAUUUUACAGGUGGAUGCUGGGCUGCCCAACAAGUCUGAAUUUAAUUCUCAUGAAUUGACGGGACCUUCCAGAAAUGAUGAAGAAGGAAACAAUACUGCUGAUAAGGUACGGAGACGCCUGGCACAAAAUCGUGAAGCUGCUCGUAAAAGUCGUUUGCGGAAAAAGGCCUAUGUUCAACAAUUAGAAACAAGUCGUUUGAAGUUGGCACAACUGGAACUCGAACUUGAGAAAGCUAGGAAGCAGGGUGUGUAUGUAGGCAGUGCUCUGGACACCAGUCAUCUGGGAUUUUCUGGAAAUGUAAACUCAGGCAUUGCUGCAUUUGAGAUGGAAUAUGCACACUGGGUUGAAGAGCAAAAUAGACAGAUUUUUGAACUUAGAAAUGCAUUGCAAGCUCAUGUAACUGAAAUAGAACUUCGUAUGCUUGUAGAGAGUGGCUUGAACCAUUAUCAUAAUUUGUUUCGCAUGAAAGCAGAUGCGGCAAAGGCUGAUGUCUUUUAUUUGAUGUCUGGUGUGUGGAGAACAACAACGGAACGCUUUUUCCUUUGGAUUGGAGGAUUCCGCCCAUCAGAGCUUCUAAAUGUCCUCAGGCCACAGCUUGAGCCUUUGACUGAUCAACAAGUUCUGAGUGUAUGCAACCUCCGACAGUCAUCUCAGCAAGCAGAAGAUGCCCUCUCACUUGGAAUGGAAAAACUCCAGCAGAGUCUGGCCCAUAGCAUAGGAGCUGAAUCAGUACUUGCCGGUAAUUAUGGGUCUCAGAUGGCUGCUGCAAUGGAGAAGUUGGAAGCACUAGAGGGAUUUGUGAACCAGGCAGAUCAUCUUCGUCAACAAACUCUGCAGCAAAUGUCUCGCAUCCUAACAACCCACCAAGCAGCUCGAGGUUUGCUUGCCUUGGGGGAGUACUUUCAUCGUCUCCGUGCUCUCAGUUCGCUGUGGGCUGCUCGUCCUCGUGAACCUGAAUAGUCUAGAAAGCACCACUACAAUCACCUCAUAUAGGUACACCAUAUUUAGGUAGGUGUUACCCCUUGUUCACGCCUCAGCUGCAAAGGGAAUGAAUAUGGUAAUUUUUGUUUCAAAGCAGUUUCUCUAGUUUGAUAAGGUGUAAAUAUGUAUUUCAAUGUUGUGUAUCAAUUAGGAUUUAGGAAAUUAAGUUACCCUACAAUGCAUUUUGUAGGCUAUAUCGUGUAUAUUGUGAUAAAAAGGUAAUUUUGAAAUCAGUACUUCUUGUCAAACAUGUUGAGACAAUUGCCCGUUAUAUGAAAACUUCAUAUUUUAUCUUCA